AUGGCAGCACCGGACACCCUCUCAAUUAACGUCUACAUAUUCGGUGAUCCAGAUUAUGACCCGUUCCGUAUUCAAAGGCCUAGCAAUACAACUGUACAAGAUCUGCAACUUGCAUUGUGUAGAGAAUUCGAUCUCUUCUUUGAAGGCAUCCACCCAUAUAGCCUCAAAUUAUGGAAGCUGAACAAAUUUAUUCAUCUCAAUGAUCUUGAAAAGAAGUUGCCAGCGGACUAUGCCGACCUUGCUACAAUAGCCACUACAAUGAAGAAUAUAGAAAAGCUGUCAGACCUCUUCGAAUCGCCUCCGGAGAAAUUUGUUCACGUCAUUGUCUAUAAACCAGAGAAAUUAGUGUUUAAUCCUAAUCAUAAGGGUACACUCGGCAAUGACAACAAGCAACUGGUGCCAUACUCGUCAGAUCUGGGUGACAAGAUGAGGGACCUUGAACUGAAGGUUGAAGAUAUUAUGCGCUCGCAUUCUUCGAGUAGAUCAUUGGGUACUGCUCUUUGGAGUUCAGCUAUACCUGGGCAGAUAGCCGCCCCUGUUAUGGUCCAACAAAUAUCUAUCGAGACGAGAGUAUAUGGGUCGGACUGGAUUCAAAACAUUAGAAGGGAAAGUGAAGAUGAUAAGAAGAGAGGGAACAAAAACUGUGGGGAACGAGUGAUAUAUAUCCCAGAUUGUGGGGCACUCAUCGAUAAUUUCGACAGGACCAUAAGAGCGGCCCUGUGCUUCGCAUUUUAUGAUGAUCCAGCUACUUACUCAAUGAUUGAGUCUGCUUAUGAUGUAGAUGCCAUAUUGAGAUUUACGCAAGGUCAAACUAGUGGGAUCCUUAUUGUUGACCAGAUCGACGCUCUGGAGACUUAUCCCAAUGACCCGGAAGCGACAGCCAAAGAAACAGCCCGACGGCAACUCAUACGGAUGGUUUCCUCGCACAAAUUCAUCCAUAGCUCCUCUGCAAACAUCCUAUCCACACAGACUGUUGGGCAACAAGAUGAUCACUCGGAUAGAAUGAAACAAACAACUGGUAUAAACACUAUGCUAGUCGUCUUCCAAGCCUCAGUCCAGAAGAACGAGAGACAAUCAGGG